AUGAAAACGAAGACUUGUGUGGUUAACCCAGUUUUUAUCAACGACUGCAACAAUGCCCGCGUCAAGAUUCAUGUGAAAGCAUUUGAACACAAACAGUCAACAACUAUUUCAUGUCAUGAUAUCAUAUAUAGAGUGGAUGUCAAAACCAAACUAUGUCCAAGGAAGAUAGAAACAAGGGAAAUACUGAAAGGAAUUGAUGGAGUUUUCAAGGCUGGUAUGAAUGCUAUAUUGGGACCAACUGGCUGUGGAAAAUCUUCGCUGUUAGAUAUAUUGGCAGGACGGAAAGAACCAUUGAGAGUGACUGGAGAUCUACUGUUCAAUGGAUCACCACCUCCGGAAAAUUUUAAAUGUAUGGUUGGAUAUGUUGUACAGGAUGAUGUUGUGAUGGGUGGAUUGACUGUUCGAGAAAACUUUGCAUUUUCAGCGGCUCUUAGAUUACCCGGUCAUAUCACAAAGGCUGAUAUACAAGAAAAGAUACAAAAUGUUAUAAACGAACUUGGGUUGACAGAUUGUGCUGAUACGAAGGUUGGAAACGAGCUUUUUCGGGGAAUUUCUGGCGGAGAAAGAAAACGAACAAAUAUUGGUAUGGAACUGAUUACUUCACCGCCUGUCCUUUUUUUAGAUGAACCAACAACAGGUCUUGAUGCAAAUACAGCUCAUUCAGUUAUGCAGUUGUUAAAAAGUUUAUCAAAAAAUGGGACAACAGUUGUGUUUUCAAUUCAUCAGCCAAGAUUCUCAAUUUUUAAGUUAUUCGACAGUUUAAUGAUGCUAUCCCUUGGUGAAUGUGUUUACCAUGGACCUGCUCAUGAAUCUUUGGACUACUUAAGGUCUAUAGGAUAUAUCAUAGAAGAGCACAACAACCCACCUGAUUUCUUUCUAGAUGUUAUUAAUGGAGCGGCAGUCAACACACUAGAUGAAAACAAUGUGGAUGUACACCAGAAAAUUGUAUCCUCAUUCAGGAAAUCAAUAUUGAAUUCUAGAUUGCAGAAUGUAAUAAAGCCUAUACUUCACCAGUACCACCAAGCAUGUGAUACCAAUACUUUAAAUAUGUCACCUAAAGUAGAAUAUGCAACGAGCUUUCUUAAACAGUUUAGAGUCAUAUCAAGCAGAAAUUUAUUGAAUUUAUUGAGGAAUCCCCAACUUUCAAUUUUACACUGGAUUGUUUUAACAAUAUUUGGUCUGAUUGUUGGAGCUAUUUAUUGGAGGAUGGAUAGGGAUUGUAUCUCCGGUAUACAGAACAGAGUUGGUGCUUUUUUCUUCAUUUUGAUGAACAUUGUCUUUUCAAGUUUGUCAGCUGUAGAAUUAUUCAUAAAAGAACGAUCAAUUUUUAUACAUGAAAAUUUAAGUGGAUUUUACAGAGUGUCGGCAUAUUUCUUUUCUAAGAUUAUAUGCGAUUCUUUACCAAUGAGACUGAUUCCUGUGUUUCUGUUUUCUGUGAUCACAUAUUUCAUGCUUGGUUUGACAUUAGACGAGGAGAAAUUUUUCUUGUAUGCUCUAACACUGUUUACGGUAGCUAUGACAGGAACUAGCAUUGCAUUUUUCUUCAGUGCAUGCGUUACAGAUUUUGGUAUGGCUAAUGUGUGGAUUGCUGUAACAUAUGUCCUUAUGAUGGUGUUUAGUGGUUUGUUAGUUAAUAUAAAAACAAUACAAGAUUGGUUACGAUGGAUCAAAUGGUUUAGUUUAUUCAGAUAUGGUCUUAAUGCGUUAGAGAUAAUUGAAUUGAAAGAUAUGACUUUUACAAAUGGAACGGUUUUAUGUUCUACCACUGGCAACGAUUAUCUUACAAGCCAAGACAUUGCAUAUGAAACGAAAUGGGAUUUCUGGCAAAAUAUGGUUGCAUUAUUUUCCAUGUCAGUCUUGAUGUUUAUUGGUACAUACAUCCAACUGAGACGAACGAAGAAAAUACGAUAAUACGGACGUGCUAAAAUUGCAAUCUUGAGAUCUGACUUAUUGGAUAUAAUCAUUACAAAUGAACCUCUUCUGUCAUACAAAUUAUACUCAUACAAGGAUACAUUCAUACAUAUUCCAAAAUGCUUGUAUUAUUUCAUAGUUUUUUCCGGGAAUAUGAACAGCGAGUAGAAUUACGAUUCGGAAAUUGCGUUUAGCUGUAGUAGGAUAUCCAGUAAUGCAUUCAAAUACCAUUGUUUCCUUCAAAAUAACAUUCAAAGAUUGAAUCAAAU